AUGGCGGAAGAUCUGCAGGACGAGUGGUGGGAAGAAUACCGCAAGAAAUCGAGCGCCGAGGAAGACGAGGCGGACAAAAAUGAUAAUCAGUUAUCGAAGCGACAGAAAAAAUUGAAGAAACGAAAGAGAAAGAUCGAAGAAGUUAAUACGACUGCGAUGUCUGCGGAGGACGAUGUCAAGACGGCGCUACUUGAUGUAGCUGGGACGGUACUCAAAGAAGAGCUGUCUAAUUGGAUCGAAAGUGCAACGAUUAGACUGGAUGUGGACCAAACAAUGACCAAUUUCUUGGAAGAAAACGAAAGCAAAGAACCUCUCUGCGAAGUCAACAGUCCCGUUGUCAUCGUAUGCGGCGCUGGAAAGCGAUGCACAGAUGUUCUUAGGGAUAUUCAAACGUGGUCGAAAGAAAAGGAAGGAAAUACGGCGAAACUUUUCGCUAAACAUUUCAAGAUUGCAGAUCAAAUCAAGCAUUUGAACAAAGGAAAGACAUCAGUAGCCGUUGGAACCCCAAGCCGAAUCGCCAAACUCAUUGAAGACGGGUGCCUGAACGCAAAGUCCAUCGUUGUUGAUUUCAACUUCCGAAACGAAAAGAAAGCCCGUCUGAUCGACGACAAACACAUAAAGGAGCAGCUCAAGGAGCUCUUCAAAAUAUUUGGCGAUGAGACGAAGCGAUCUAGCGUCAGGCUGCUGAUAUACUGA